UAGAUAAAACCGGCCGGGAGAAUACAUAUUUCAUUAUUUCAAUUUGGUAUAUUUUUUCGAUUCUUCCAUAGUUAUAUUAAUAAUUAUCGUGUAUUCUGUUUCCGUGUUUUUAGUUUCAUAAUUACAUACUCGAGCCUCGAGGUCACGUAGUCUAGUCAUACUCUCAUACUCUUAUGUAAUUUAAUCAUUAUUCAUUAGGUCAUUAUAAUACUUACAGACUAAAAUCGUAUACAAUAUUUUACUUCUUAUUACAUACCUUUUAACGUGUGAGUUGAGCAAUAUUUUGGAACGUGCCUACCGAAAAAAGUAAUUUUAAAAAAAUGGUAAAAGCCGUUUGUGUUUUGAACGGUGAAGAUGUCAAGGGUACCAUUUUUUUCUCACAAACUGAUGAGAAAUCUCCGGUUGAAAUAACUGGUGAAUUAACUGGAUUAUCUAAAGGCCGCCAUGGAUUUCAUAUACAUGAAUUUGGUGAUAACACUAAUGGUUGUAUGAGCUCUGGUCCACAUUUUAAUCCUUUUGGAAAAACCCAUGGAGCUCCUAAUGAUGAUGUGAGACAUGUUGGUGACUUAGGUAAUAUUGAAGCUCCUGGUUCAUCUGUGACAAAAAUACAAUUUAAUGAUCCAAUCAUAUCGCUUACGGGACCUCUCAACAUUAUAGGUCGUACUUUAGUAGUACAUGCUGACCAAGAUGAUUUAGGUAAAGGAGGACACGAAUUAAGUGCAACUACAGGAAAUGCUGGAGCCAGAAUAGCUUGUGGAGUUAUUGGAAUUACCAAAUAAUCAAUUUCUAACUAGUAUACAUUAUAAUAUUUUAUUUUGAAAUUGUGUUUUAUAUUAAAUGGAUUUGUAGACAUUUUGUAGAAGCAAUAAAAACAAAUAAGUAUAAAGUUUAAUCUAAUAAUAAUAUGUAGGUAAUUUUUUUAUUUUCUUACUGAAUUAACUUCUAAAAUUCAGAUUCCUAAAAUGUUUACAAAUAAAGAUUUUGAUUGUUUUUGAAUAUUUUUUUCUUUUAUUAAAUGGUUAUAUAUUU